AUGGCUGGAGCGACAGGCGUCGACUGCGACUACAUCUGGAAGGUGUUGAUCCCGGUAUCAGUCUUUGGCUGGCUCAUAUUUGGCAUCAUCUGUAUCUUAUGCCUCAAUGGCCAAGGCAGGGCCGGACGAUGGGUGCCCGAGUGGUAUCUCGAUUCCGAUAGGACGCGGAGAGACAAGCUGUCGGUGGUGCUGUGGUGGUUCGCCGUGCUGGUCAUGUGGCCUGUGAUCCUGCCGCUGAUGGGCAUGCGACAUGUGAUUCAACACGUGAAGACGAGAGCGGAGAGGAGGCAUAGAAAACGGCAGCUGCUGGCACACGAGCACAAAUGCGAAGAGGGCUAUGGGCAUCGGAGCAGUGGGUAG